GGCAGGGUCCCGCUCUCCGUCCGCUUGGGGUUCCAGACGCCACCUUGGCCUGUCAGCCUGCCUGAGGUGUAGGACCGAGGUGGCCGACGCCGUCCCGGAGGUCAGCCAACCGGCCACAACCCUCUAGGAUCACUGGGACCCCCUGCGCUCCGGCCACCUCUCCACCAGGUUUUCAGCUUCUGAUGUUACAAACGGUGAAAUAUUGGAGCAUAGAAUUGAGGAAAAGACUUAAACCAGGGAGAUUUUUCUCUAAUUAGUUAAAAAUAUGGUUACUGAAACAGAAGACCCACCGAUAGUCAAAGUGACACCUCUACAGCAAAUGCUGGCCUCUUGUACUGGAGCAAUAUUGACAUCACUAAUGGUGACACCACUGGAUGUAGUUAAAAUUCGACUCCAAGCUCAGAGAAACCCCUUUCCCAAAGGAAAAUGCUUUAUGUACAGUAAUGGACUCAUGGAUCACAUGUGUAUCUGUGAAGAGGCAGGCAGCAAAGCAUGGUACGAGAAGCCAGGAAACUUCCGGGGAACAUUGGAUGCCUUUUUAAAAAUCAUUCGAAAUGAAGGCAUUAAAUCCCUGUGGAGUGGUCUUCCUCCUACUCUAGUGAUGGCAAUUCCUGCCACAGUUGUCUAUUUUACCUGCUAUGAUCAAUUAACUGCUCAUCUGAGAUCUAAAUUAGGAGAAAAUGAAACUCGAAUACCAAUUGUUGCUGGAAUUCUGGCCAGAUUUGGUGCAGUAAGUGUGAUAAGUCCAUUAGAAUUGAUUAGAACCAAGAUGCAGUCCAAGAAGUUUUCUUACAAGGAACUACGUCAAUUUAUCAGCCAGAAAGUAUCUGAAGAUGGUUGGGUUUCCCUCUGGAAGGGCUGGGCGCCUACUAUUCUUAGAGAUGUACCUUUCUCAGCAAUGUACUGGUAUAACUAUGAAAUUUUAAAGAAGUGGUUAUGUGAGAAAUCUGGUUUAUAUGAACCAACAUUUAUGAUCAGCUUUACUUCAGGGGCAUUGUCUGGUUCUUUUGCAGCCAUUGUAACUUUACCAUUUGAUGUGGUGAAAACACAAAAACAGACACAGCUUUGGACUUCAGAAAGUCAUAAAAUUUCUGUGCCUUUGAAUAUGUCAACUUGGGUUAUAAUGAAGAACAUUGUUGCUAAAAAUGGGCUUUCUGGAUUAUUUACAGGUCUUAUUCCUCGCUUAAUUAAAGUUGCUCCUGCGUGUGCCAUCAUGAUUAGUACAUAUGAAUUUGGAAAGGCUUUCUUCCUGAGGCAGAAUCUUCGAAGGCAGCCACUGGAAUGAUGCAUAAACCUGGAGUGUCACAGUAGCCAAAGAGGACACAGUCCUAGGUAGGGGCCUUGCCCCUGUUAUCCUCUCACAAUGAGUUGAUUUUCCUUCCCUGUAGUUUAAUUUAGUAAUACUUUAUAAUCUACCUCUAAAUCGUAAGCUUAAUUUUAAAAUAAUUUUUCUUAUUCUUAGAGUUUUUUUAGAAAGAUAAAGCAGAAAUCACAACCAUUUAGCACUUUCUUAAAGAAAAUUGUUCAUUAGCAUUGAAAACAAUCUCUUGAGAAUUUUAUAUAGUACAUUUCAGUGUAACUUGUAUGUCACCUAUCUUAUAACUUUUGAAUGGUUUGCUGAAUGAUGUAUAGAAGAAUAUACAGAUCUUAUGCAUUAAAAUCAUGUAUAUAGAUACUGCUCACAUUUGCCAAAUAUUACCUAUUAAUGUCUUUAACUCAGUGCAUUACCACUACUCCCCAUUGUUACUGUUUAAGGCCUCACACAGAUUAAUUAGUAUUUCUCUGAGUAAAUAUGUGGCUAUCUUAUCUUAUGAACCAAAAUAUCUUUCGUGUGGUGCAGAUCUUACCAUUUUUGAUAAUUAAACUCCCUUAUCUGCUAUUUCUAUAAAAAAAUGAGUUUUACUGAUGAGUAAAUGUUCACUCAAACUUGGCUUUGCCGUUGAAAUCUACAUUGCUUUAAACUACUGUAAAGAAAAUAGGGCACAGGAAUGGCUUCUAGCUUCUAAUCUUUUAAACUUGUAAUCUUCCUAUCAUUGUUUAUGGAUGUCAUUAGUUCAUUUCUGUGGCUUUCUCUAACAAGAUAGAUACUGUUACAGGUCUAACUUCUUAAUCUGAAAACCCACAUUCUGAAUUUUUUAACACAAGUGAGAAAUUUCAUACCUGAUAAUAGCAUAUGAAAUACAAGCAUGGAAAGUUUAUUGCACAAAAUUACCUUCAAGCUAUAGGUACAUGUGAAAAUUAAAUGCUUAAAU